AUGUGGGGGCCCGGGGCGGUGCGGAGUGUCUCUCUGUUUGGCCCCGGUUUUGUGGAGCUGGCCCCUCGCUCCUUCACCCAGGACACGGACAUUCUGAUGACCUUCUCGUCCAGGAACCAGUCAGGGCUGUUACUGUCUGCUCUUAGCCAUGAUAAACAGCACUUCAUGUCUGUACAGCUCAUGUCCGGCACUCUGGAGGCGGAGCUGGGCAAAGUGGGCGGGGCUACGCAGAGAGCCAUCGUCGUGGGGGAGUUUUCCGACGGACGCCAUCACUCCGUCAUCCUCAGCCUGAGCCGGAAGGUUCUUUCCAUCCAUGUUGACGAGUUACCUGUCAAGUCCAUCCUCCUGUCACCGGGCGCGGUCUCCAGUCUGUCCCCGUCCUCGCUGUUCAUUGGAGGGCUGCCGUCGGGGGUGGAGUCUCGUCUGCCGACCAGGAUCCGGAGCCUAUCGCGGUCGUUCCGGGGCUGCAUCCAAAACCUGGCACUGAACGGAGUUGGUCGAUCUAUCGGGAGCGGCGUUGUACGAGGGGGCGGAGUUAGACAGCUGCCUACUGGAGGAGCGAGCCGGAGGAGCGGUGUGAACGGUGAUCAGGAUCUGGACCCUACCCCUGACCCCGCCCAUUUACCCGUAGCCCCGCCCACGUACCUGAGCGCCCUCACGCCUGGAGCUCUCACGUGCGCGGCGGAGGUGGAGCCGAGCUAUCUGUCGUCCGGUGUUCAGUUUGGAUCGACCAAACACAGUCACAUGACGUUCAGCAUCAACCCCAGCACCGUUAAGAAGAGCUUGUCCAUCAGGAUGUCCUUCAGGACGUGGGCUGCGGACGGCCUCCUGCUGCUCAUGUCCAGCAAGAACCAGAUGGACUUUGCCGUGCUGCGAUUGGUCGGCGGUCACAUGGUGCUGUCAGCUGACCUCGGAAAGGGCCUCGCCUCCGUGACGUCGUCGAGCUUGUUCAACGACGGCAACUGGCACACGGUGACAGCAGAGGUCAGCCGGAGGUCAGUGUCUGUCUCAGUGGGCAGAGCCACUGACUCCGCCCCCAUCAAAGGCAACCAACUGGAUGUGGAGAGCCGGGUGUACGUGGGCGGGCUUCCUCACACUCACACAGCCAGGAGGAUCAAUGUAAGCAGCAGUUUUCCAGGUUGUAUUCGCUCUGUCACUCUAAACAACGCGGCUCUGGACUUAAACAAACCCGAAACACAGCACCAUAUCACUUCCUGUUUCAGCAGCGACCAGAAGGGGGCGCACUUUAAUGGCACCGGGUUUGCCGUUCUCGUGCACAAUGGUUACAAGGUGGGCUCUGAUUUGACGGUUUCUCUGGAGUUCACAACGAGCCAAUCAGACGCGGUGUUACUGGGCAUCAGCAGCGCUAAAGUGGACGCUAUUGGCCUGGAACUGGUCAGCGGACAGGUGGUGUUUCACGUGAACAAUGGCGCGGGCCGUGUCUCCGUGCGCUCCCUUGGGUCCUUCCUGUGCGACGGACGCUGGCAUUCUGUGACCGCCAAGAAAACCAAACACGCCAUGAGCCUCACCGUCGACCACAGGCUCUACAACACCCCCAACCCCUACCCACAAUCCACCUCUGCAGAGACCAACAACCCCGUCUACGUGGGGGGACACCCGGCGGACGUGAAGCAGAACUGCCUGACGGUCGCCGCUCCAUUCCGAGGCUGCCUGAGGAACAUCCAGCUCGCCAAAUCUCACCAAAGCCACUUCCUGGACUUCAGCUCCGCCCACCUGCUGAGGGGCGUGCUCCCGAGCUCAUGCCCCGCCUCCAACCGACAGACACAAUGAAAACUGCAAUAAUGUGUUUAUUUUAAGAUCUGGAACACGUCACCGAGAAAACUGCUAUGGACGAGAAGGACUUAAGCCAUAGACGUGAAGGACAAAAGGAACUGGUGCUUUUAAUCUGCACAAAACCAACAAGGGUUUAUCUUGAAGAUGUUUUUUAUUCCUGUUUGAAAGCUUGAAAUUAAGUUGAUUUAUUGUGACAGGAAGUGUUAUAAAAUGGUUAUAAAAUGGUGAGAAAUAAACCAGAACUUGAAGACGUUUUAAAGCUACUGAGAAAUGGUCAUGGAAAAAACACAAGUCACUGUCCAGAUCGUGCACAUGUGUGAGCGAGGCCGUUACUGUGAACUAAGUGUAGAUAUGUUGUAAAGUAUUUUUUCUGUGGACAUUUUUUGACAUUCCAAUAAAUGUGGAUAUUUUUAA